UGUUUGUUUAUUUGUUCCCUUCGUUCAAUGAAUGGGCUUAGUGACAUAAAUAAGCAUGAGCUGUGAACUCAGUAGCUUUUUAACUCCACCCACAAUAACAGAAGAAAAGUAGAAAAAAAAGAAGAAAAAACCCACUUUUCUUUUUAGGGUUCUUGUUUAAAUCAUCAAAUUUUGUGGUAGUUGCUGCUAGUGGAGAUUUUCGAUGGGGUCGAAGCCAUGGCUGCACCCCGCUUCCACUUAUGGUCCUCUUGAAACCUACUGGGACACCGAUGAAGAUGCUCCUGGUCCUCGCUGUGGUCAUACGCUCACCGCCGUCGCUGCCACCAAGUCACUUGGUCCCCGCUUGAUCCUCUUCGGCGGCGCCACUGCCAUUGAAGGAGGAUCUUCUUCAGCUCCCGGCAUUCGGUUAGCUGGAGUCACAAAUUCGGUCCAUUCUUAUGACAUUCAGACUAGAAAAUGGACUAGUAUUAAGCCUGCCGGAGAGCCGCCGUCUCCUCGGGCUGCUCAUGCCGCUGCUGCAGUUGGAACAAUGGUUGUUUUUCAGGGUGGGAUAGGUCCUGCUGGACAUUCUACUGAUGAUCUCUAUGUGCUUGACCUGACCAAUGAUAAAUACAAAUGGCACAGGGUCGUCGUACAAGGGCAAGGACCCGGGCCUCGCUACGGCCAUGUAAUGGACUUGGUUGCUCAGAGAUAUCUUGUUACUGUCAGCGGAAAUGAUGGGAAAAGAGUUGUAUCUGAUGCUUGGGCUUUGGAUACUGCUCAAAAACCUUAUGUGUGGCAGAGGCUGAACCCAGAAGGUGAUAGACCUUCCGCUAGAAUGUAUGCAACUGCUAGUGCCCGCUCAGAUGGAAUGUUUUUGCUGUGUGGUGGAAGGGACUCUACUGGAACUCCACUCGCAGACGCCUAUGGACUGCUCAUGCAUAGGAAUGGCCAGUGGGAAUGGACCCUUGCACCUGGAGUUUCCCCUGCACCAAGGUAUCAACAUGCCGCGGUUUUUGUUGGUGCGAGAUUGCAUGUUACAGGAGGUGUUCUCAGGGGUGGACGGGCUGUGGAAGGCGAAGCAGCUGUUGCAGUAUUGGACACCGCUGCUGGGGUUUGGUUGGACAGAAAUGGCAUUGUGUCCUCCUCACGCUCAAACAAAGGUCAUGAUUCUGACCCUUCUUUGGAGCUUAUGCGUCGUUGUCGCCAUGCUGCAGCAGCUGUUGGUGUUCAUAUAUAUAUCUAUGGCGGUCUUAGAGGAGAUAUACUACUAGAUGAUUUUUUAGUUGCUGAAAAUUCACCAUAUCAGCCCGACAAUAAUUCUCCUGUGUUAAUGGCUGAGAGAGCUUCACCUGUUACAAGCCCCAAACACAAUCAUUCUAACUCGAAUCCCUCAUCUGGUGGCUCAGGCAUGGACGAAAAUUCCAUGGAGAAACUGAGGGAGGCAUCAGCUGCUGAAGCUAAGGCAGCGAGUGCUGUAUGGCAAGCUGUGCAGUCUAUAUCAAGUAGUCCUGCAGAAGAAACAUCUGUCUCAGAUGACAACUCACAAGCUGCAGAAACAGUUUCAGAUGGAAGUGACACAGAGGGAGAUGUUCGCCUUCAUCCUAGAGCUGUUGUAGUUGCUAAAGAGGCUGUAGGUAACCUAGGUGGAAUGGUGAGACAAUUAUCACUAGAUCAAUUUGAAAAUGAAAGCAGACGCAUGGUUCCCAUAAAUAAUGAUUCGCCAUAUCCUACGAAAAAGUUCACCAGACAGAAAUCCCCUCAGGGUUUACAUAAAAAGAUAAUUUCUACUUUGCUUCGGCCUCGCAACUGGAAAGCUCCAGCAAACAGGCGGUUCUUCUUGGAUUCUUAUGAAGUGGGUGAGCUUUGCUAUGCUGCUGAGCAAAUAUUUAUGCAUGAACCAACUGUUCUUCAGCUUAAAGCUCCUGUCAAAGUAUUUGGUGAUCUUCAUGGUCAGUUUGGUGAUUUGAUGCGGCUAUUUGAUGAAUAUGGGUUUCCUUCAACUGCAGGAGACAUCACGUAUAUUGACUACCUGUUUUUGGGAGAUUAUGUUGAUCGAGGACAGCACAGCUUGGAAACAAUCACCUUGCUUCUUGCUCUUAAGAUUGAAUAUCCUGAGAAUGUUCACUUGAUACGUGGAAACCAUGAAGCUGCUGACAUAAAUGCACUAUUUGGUUUUCGUAUAGAGUGCAUUGAAAGAAUGGGAGAAAAUGAUGGAAUAUGGGCAUGGACACGUUUCAAUCAACUUUUUAACUAUCUUCCGCUAGCUGCUCUUAUUGAAAAGAAAAUUAUCUGUAUGCAUGGUGGCAUUGGAAGAUCUAUCCAUUCAAUAGAACAGAUAGAGAAGCUUGAAAGGCCCAUAACAAUGGAUGCAGGAUCUAUUAUUUUAAUGGACCUUUUAUGGUCUGAUCCCACAGAAAAUGAUAGUGUAGAGGGUUUGAGACCAAAUGCUAGAGGGCCAGGGCUUGUCACUUUUGGGCCUGAUCGCGUCAUGGAAUUCUGUAAGAGAAAUAAAUUGCAGCUCAUUAUAAGGGCCCAUGAAUGUGUCAUGGAUGGUUUUGAGCGAUUUGCCCAGGGACAAUUAAUCACACUUUUUUCUGCAACUAACUAUUGUGGAACUGCAAACAAUGCGGGAGCUAUACUGGUAGUUGGUAGGGGCUUGGUUGUGGUUCCAAAAUUGAUUCAUCCCUUACCACCUCCCCUUCAGUCCCCCGAGACAUCUCCUGAGCGUGUCAUGGAUGAGACAUGGAUGCAGGAGCUUAAUAUUCAGAGACCACCAACUCCUACUAGGGGUCGACCACAGCCUGACCUUGACCGUGGCUCACUAGCAUAUAUAUGAUAUAAUUCAUGACAUGAAAUGCAGCACUUGAGGAUAUCUCAUCAGGCUUGAUACCCUGCUCACCAAAUGUUCUGUUCAUAUCUUUGUUGUUGACAGAAUACAUAUUUAUUUUGUACUGUAUUUUUUUUCUAGUUGCAGAAAGUCAAAUUGUUGUUAUAUACAGGCUCGAGAGAGCGCAUUAUGAGUGAUUAUCUUGUGGAGAUUGGAUUUAUAAGGCAUGGGACGUGGAUAAAGUGGAAGAGAUGUUGGUGUCUUCUACUCCUCAACAUAGGAAUGACUUUUAGUGAGGGAUAUAGGGUUUGAUUAAUAUGUAUAUUAUGUCAUAAAAGAAAUAUGUAAUUUUUCCUUUAUAGAAAUGUUUAUAACUUUUUGAUCAA